AUGUACCUGUGCUGGCGUGAACGAACUUUAAUCGCGGGUUUGUUAUUGGCAGAAACGGCCACUCCGCCAUCAGGAGAUUCCCCCUCUGGCGUCCUCCUGAGAAAAGAGCGGUCGAUCGCCGGCUCGGAGGGAAUCGCGAGAUGCUCUUUGCUGGCCGGAGUUGCUAUUCUUCCGGAUCAGCGGAGGAGAAAAGAGAAGGGACGUGUCCGAGGACCAGGACAGCUUGUCCUCUUCCAAAGCCCCUUAAUUGGUCAUUCGCCCAAGUAUUUGGAAUGGUGCUUGGCAUCCUUGGCCGGUCACCAACUCAACGCGGGAUCUUCUUGGACCAGUUGCACUGGAGAGGCAAGGAGGAGGAAUGUGUCGAGGGCGGACAGUAGGUCGGCCGCUGUUGCUCCGGACUCCGGGAAAGACCGGGGACCGACCGCUCCCACUGUCAUGGGGAAGCGUCGUUCGCAACUUGGCUGUGAUCAUCUUGGCGGCAAUUCUCCGUCGUACUGGGGAAAGGUCACAGGACGUUGCCAAGAACUGCCGUGGAAUGUCCAGAGGAGAGGGAUGAGCAUUGAGCAAGGGGCAGUCGAAACGGGGACCACUCGGUUUUUCAACUCCGCCUCUCAGCUGAAGGGAUCCCUCAUCUUCAUGGUUGCAUGGGGUGAAAUGUAUAUGCCUUGGCCAUCUUGGCGGCCCUCUUGGCCGUCUCAGUCGGAAUCACGUUUGCCUACCACGCCGAAGCAAGGGCGUAACCCCCAUGUGCGACUAAAUUGCUGCAUUAGCGACCAUCUUAUCUUUCGUGUACCCGAUACCUGGUAUACGGGAGGUAUGGUAAUUGUGGUUACCUGGAUCGAAGCGAGGAGUAGGCUGAUUAACGUCGACGACGUUCUGAAUCCUUCCAUGACUGACCAUGCCAUGCGCUCAGUCAUGGGCUCGGAGAGGGAGCCAUGGAUGGAGUGUCUGAUGUCCGGGGGUGGGUUUAGUUCGACAGCCAGGGGAGUCAACGAUGAUUCGCCAAUUGACCGAGUCCAAGACCCCCAUCCAUCAAUCAUGAUGGUUGUACGGGGUACAGGUGGGCAAUGCCGGGUCGGCGGAAUGAAGCUGGCUGUCGCACGGGUAGCUGACCAUGAGACAGGCAAAAGGCACCUUGUUGCCGUGCCGGUUUGGCGACCGGCGCGAAUCCAAGCGCGAGUCCCGUGCUGGUGGAGAGGGCAAAGAGGAGGAGAAAGCCAUCGAGCGUCCAGUCAGCGUCGUUAG